AUGUUCGAUCUGAAAGGUCGAUCGCUACAAAUUGCCAUUGCGGUGAGCGCUGGAAGCGCAUACCUUUUGUUUGGAUACGAUCAAGGUGUUCUGGGUGGUUUUGUAUCAUACCCGGGGUUCUUGGAAGCCAUUGGUAAUCCUAGCUCUGGGUAUCUAGGGACCAUAGUGGCUCUUUUCAACAUCGGCUGUCUCUUAGGAUGUGUGAUUGCAGCCAUUUUUGGAAAUCGAUUGGGCCGGAAAAAUGCCAUUACACUUGGAUGUGUGAUUAUGACAAUAGGUGGUGCGGUCCAGGCCAGCACAUACAGCGCAGGUCAGCUGAUUGCUGGUCGAAUAAUUUCCGGAAUUGGCAAUGGUAUCAAUACCUCAACCGUCCCUGUUUACGUCUCUGAAACAUCCCGAAUGGCCAUACGUGGAAGAUCGCUCGCCAUCCAGAUGUCAAUUGUUAUUUUUGGUACAAUGCUUGCCUACUGGUUAGACUACGGCAUGAUUCGCACUCAAAUUGGCGAGGUUGUCUGGCGCUUUCCUCUGGCUUUUCAAAAUUUCUUCGCCAUAGUCACCAUUACUACCAUGCCACUGUUGCCAGAAUCACCAAGAUGGCUUUACUCACAUGGGCGGCAACGCGAAGCUAUAAAUGUGCUUUCAAAAUUGCUUGCUUUGCCGGAGGAUCAUCCUGACGUGUGCACUGUCGUUGCUGAGAUGGAGCAAGCUCUGUCAGUUGAGCAAAACAAUAAGACGGAAUUAUCUAUCUCAAGUCUGCUUUUUGAGAAGACGGAAAUGAAGUAUGCGCGCCGCUUGACAUUGUGUUUCGUGAUCCAAUUAUUCCAACAAUUCACUGGAAUCAACGUGAUUGCGUUUUACGUUACCAUCGUACUCGAAACGAACGUUGGACUCUCGCGCGAAAUGAGUAGUCUCGUGGCCGGGUUCAUCCAGAUCGCAUUCUGGGUUGGCACAUUCCCACCGAUAUUCCUCAUUGACCGACUUGGUCGACGAAAAGUACUGAUGUUAGGAUCGACUAUGCUUUGUCUGGCAUUGACAUUGUUCACGGUAGGAAUCGCACUGAAGACACCUGCGUCGUCGCGGUUGGCUUUGGGAAUGCUUAUCAUAUACGAAAUAUCUUUUGGAAUGAGCUGGAACUCAGUGCCCUGGUUAUAUGCACCAGAGAUCACGCCACUAAACAUGCGCCAUGUCGGCGCAGCCAUUGGGUGCUUUUCUGAGUGGCUAUGGACAUUUGUAAUCGCACAAAUGACACCUCCGGCCAUUGCCAAUACAGGUUGGAAGAUCUACCUUCUUUUCAGUUUUAUGACUGCCCUCAGUAUUCCAUUUGUUUACUUCUUUAUGCCUGAGACAAGCGGAAAGACACUGGAAGAGAUUGAUUACAUAUUUGUGAAGCACAGAGGUCUUUCGAAUGAGCUGGCUGAUACUACUGGGUCAUCAUCAAAUGAAGGAGCGGAAAAGUCGGACGGGCAGGGCCAGUUGGCCCAGAUUGAGAGAGUCUAA